CAUAUAACAUACACAAUGGCGGACAAAUUUCCUGCAUUGGACGAGAUUGAUAAGAACCUUCCUACUACUGGUGAUGAAGCUGAAGAUGCUGACUUCCUUGCACGUGAGAAGGAGUUAGUUGGAAAUGAAUUCGCCACAGAAGAAGAUCAGCAAGUAUUGGCUGAGAGUGAAGAUGAAUUCAGCGAAUUCAAGGAACAAUUUCCAGAUGUUGAAGGUACAACCGAAGAGGCUACACAUGUCAGUGAUGAUGAAUUUGAAGGUUUUGGCAAUGGGACUUCAGACAGUACCAAUGGUAAGACUACUAAUGGUGUUGAUCGUUCAGUACCUAGUUCACACUUGAAGGAUUGGCAAGAACGUCGUGACCUUGAAAUCAGCUCACGUGAAGAAGCCAACGCUCGUAAGAAGGAAACUAUCGUGGAGAAGGCACAACAAACCAUUGACGACUUCUAUGACAAUUACAACAAUAAGAAGGAACAACACCUGAAGGAAGUAUUGAAGGAACAAGAAGCUCAUAUCGAAAAGCGUGAUGGAUUUUUGGGCCAAGGUACAUUAUGGGACCGUGUCAAUGAAUUGAUUGGUGAAGUUGGUGAAGGUGAAACUGAUGGAUCUCGUGACAAGACUCGUUUUAAGGGUCUUUUACAAAAGUUGAAAGGUAAGGAGAAUGCUCCAGGUGCUGGUGGAUACCAAUAGUGGCCCUACAGGAUAGUCGGAAGCGCGGUAGAAUACAAAUACAAAAUUAUCAACGUAGAA